AUGGCGACAACAUCAAACCAAUUCCUGUACAGCUUGACAAUCAAUCCUCCUACCGCCAUCACCCAGGCGAUCCUCGGACAAUUUGCUGGAACGAAAGAACAACAGAUUGUGACCGCUUCUGGUUCACGUCUUACUCUUCAUAGGCCAGAUCCAUCACAGGGAAAGAUUAUUACGGCGCUUUCACAUGAUGUCUUUGGUAUAAUCAGAGCCAUUGCAGCUUUUAGACUGGCUGGUAGCAAUAAGGAUUACAUUAUCAUCACAUCUGACUCUGGCCGUAUAACGAUUGUGGAGUUUAUCCCAGCACAAAACAAAUUCAAUCGGCUACAUCUCGAGACUUUCGGCAAGUCGGGCGUCCGAAGAGUAGUUCCAGGUCAAUACUUGGCUGUCGACCCGAAAGGUAGAGCUUGUUUAACUGCAUCGGUGGAGAAGAAUAAGCUCGUUUAUGUCCUGAAUCGCAAUUCUCAGGCGGAGCUUACUAUAUCAUCUCCUUUGGAAGCCCAUAAAGCUCAAACUUUAGUAUUCGCAUUGGUAGCCUUGGAUGUAGGAUACGCAAAUCCGGUCUUUGCUGCUCUCGAGGUUGAUUAUGGAGAGUCGGAUCAGGACCCAACAGGUCAGGCCUAUGAGGAUAUUGAGAAACAGCUUGUUUACUAUGAACUGGACCUUGGCCUGAAUCAUGUGGUGCGAAAAUGGUCGGAUCCUGUCGACCGAACGGCGAACAUACUCUUCCAGGUACCUGGAGGAACAGACGGACCAAGUGGAGUUUUAGUUUGUGGGGAAGACAACAUCACCUACAGGCAUUCUAACCAAGAAGCCUUUCGUGUUGCUAUCCCUCGUCGGCGUGGCGCAACCGAGGACCCACAAAGAAAACGAAAUAUCGUAGCAGGUGUUAUGCACAAACUCAAGGGUGCUGCUGGAGCCUUCUUCUUCUUGUUACAAACAGAUGAUGGGGAUCUCUUCAAGAUAACCAUCGAGAUGGUAGAGGAUGACAAUGGGCAACCCACCGGCGAAGUCAAACGUCUCAAGAUCAAGUACUUUGAUACAGUGCCUGUUGCAGCGAGUCUUUGCAUUCUUAAAAGUGGAUUUCUUUUUGUUGCAAGCGAGUUUGGGAAUCAUCAAUUCUACCAAUUUGAGAAGCUUGGCGACGACGACGAAGAAAUAGAAUUCGUCAGCGAUGAUUUUCCAACAGGAACAAAUGAAUCAUACACGCCCGUCUAUUUUCAUCCAAGACCGGCGGAAAAUUUGAGCUUAGUCGAAAGUAUCGACUCGAUGAACCCUUUAAUGGAUUGCAAAGUCGCAAAUCUUACCGAUGAGGAUGCACCACAAAUUUAUUCAAUUUGUGGCACUGGCGCUCGAAGUACUUUCAGAACACUAAAACACGGUUUGGAAGUUAGCGAAAUCGUUGAAUCUGAACUGCCCGGUGUACCAUCUGCAGUUUGGACGACAAAGCUCACUAGAAAUGAUGUUUAUGAUGCUUACAUCAUUCUAUCUUUUUCAAACGGUACUUUAGUCCUCAGUAUCGGCGAAACGGUGGAAGAAGUAACUGACACUGGAUUUUUAUCAUCUGCGCCGACACUAGCGGUACAGCAACUUGGCGAGGAUUCUUUGAUUCAGGUUCACCCUAAAGGUAUCCGUCACAUUCGUGCGGACCGCCGCGUGAAUGAAUGGGCUGCCCCCCAGCAUCGCUCAAUCGUUGCAGCUACUACGAACGAACGACAAGUUGCUGUAGCAUUAAGCUCUGGAGAAAUUGUCUACUUUGAGAUGGAUUCGGAUGGGUCUCUCGCUGAAUAUGACGAGAAGAAAGAAAUGAGCGGCACAGUCACCUGUCUAAGUCUUGGCGAAGUUCCCGAAGGACGUCAGAGAAGUCAAUUCUUAGCUGUUGGCUGCGAUGACUCGACAGUCCGUAUUCUGAGUUUAGAUCCCGAUUCAACGCUAGAGAACAAGUCGGUUCAAGCUUUAACUUCUCCUCCAAACGCCCUUUCCAUUAUGGCCAUGUCGGACUCAUCCUCUGGUGGCUCAACUCUAUAUCUUCAUAUAGGACUUUAUUCCGGUGUCUAUCUGCGAACCGUUUUAGACGAAGUAACCGGAGAGCUCUCUGAUACGCGAACACGUUUCCUAGGACCAAAGCCUGUAAAGCUUUUCAGAGUAUCUGUUCAAGGUCAGACUGCAGUGCUUGCCCUCAGCUCUAGACCAUGGCUAGGAUACUCAGACCCCGUGACUAAGGGAUUCAUGCUCACGCCACUUGAUUAUCCUGCUUUGGAAUGGGGCUGGAACUUCAGUAGUGAACAAUGUACCGAAGGAAUGGUGGGAAUUCAAGGACAAAACCUCAGAAUAUUCUCUAUCGAGAAACUCACCAAUAACCUCUUACAAGAAUCCAUUCCUCUAACCUACACUCCUCGUCGUUUUGUCCGACACCCUGAGCACCCUCUUUUCUACGUGGUUGAAGCAGACAACAACAUCCUUUCUCCAGCCACAAAACAAAAGUUACUCGAGGAUCCUUCGGUUGUAAAUGGUGAUGCCACAGUGCUCCCCGCUGAGGAGUUUGGGUAUCCAAGGGGAACAAAUCAUUGGGCUUCUUGUAUCUCUGUUGUCGACCCCGUGACCGAAAAGAAAGUUUUGGCUACAAUCCACCUUGAGGACAAUGAAUCGGCAGUCAGCGUCGCUGUUGUUGCUUUCGCCAGUCAAGAAGACGAAACAUUCCUGGUUGUCGGAACUGGUAAGGAUUUGGUAGUUAGCCCAAGAUCAUCCUCUGCAGGUUUCAUUCACGUAUAUCGUUUCCACGAAGACGGCAAGGAGCUUGAGUUCAUACACAAAACAAAGGUUGAGGAACCACCAAUGGCACUACUUGCUUUCCAGGGCAGAUUGUUAGCUGGAGUUGGAAAAGAUCUACGCAUAUAUGAUCUUGGAAUGCGUCAACUCCUACGAAAAGCACAGUCCGAAAUUGCACCUAAUAUGAUAGUUGGACUGCAAACUCAAGGUAGUCGCAUCAUUGUAAGUGACGUUCAAGAGAGUAUCACCAUGGUUGUGUACAAAUUCCAGGAAAACAGACUCAUUCCAUUCGUGGAUGACACAAUCGCAAGGUGGACGUCAUGUACUACCAUGGUCGAUUAUGAGACUGUUGCAGGAGGGGACAAGUUUGGUAAUCUCUGGCUUCUCCGUUGCCCUCCUAAAGCCAGCGAGGAAGCGGAUGAAGAAGGUUCCGGUGCUCAUCUCCUACAUGAACGCCAAUACCUAGCUGGAGCUCCACAUCGUUUAACAUUAAUGGCGCACAACUAUGCCCAGGAUAUUCCUAUGAGCAUUCAAAAGACGAACCUCGUUGCCGGAGGCAGAGAUUGCUUAUUGUGGGCUGGACUCCAAGGUACACUUGGUAUCUUGAUACCAUUCAUAUACCCUCUUGCCAACGGACAAGAAACAAAUGAUUGCAGGAGAGUUGGACCGCUCGGUUAG